AUGUAUGACAAUUUCAAGGGCUUUGUGCCUAUCCAUACUAUCUUCUACGCCGUUUUUCAUCCCACUGAGGGUACAAAAGUGCGAUAUGAAUUCCCUCCAGGCAACUUAGAGAGUCAUAAUAUCAAUUUUGAUACGAUCAAGAAUUUUAUAAUACCGAAACCACAACUCUGCCACAAGCUGCUCACAUUAAAAUAUAAAAACUAUCGCAUUGUGUCUUACCCAGUGACCAUUAACUCCUCAUACUAUGCCAGGAAUUUUUUCAGCUUCAACUUUGUAUUUGUGUUCCAAUAUGACUGCGAGACAUCACCAUAUGAGCCUGCAAUAGCGAGGCUGGCCAAAAUGUUUAAAGUUUUGGAAGAGCAGAAUCAGAUCUUAUCUAAAGCUGAGCGUGAUCUUGUAUUUUUCGACUUUAAAUCUACAGAAAGUACGGGCGAGCAAGAAGGGAAAAUAAGCAAUGACAAGGCCAAUACUAAGAGCCAAAGGAGCUCCUUUGAGAAGUAUAAACAAAUUAUUCAUGAAUUGGAAAAUAAUGUAUCAAAAUUUUCCGUACGAGAUUUGGUAAUGAGAGUUUAUCAAGACCUUAAUAAUUAUUCUGAGUGUUUAAUACCUAUCGAUGACGGAAAUGCGGUGGAUAUUAGAAUUUUUCCGAUCAGAAAACCGCCAAGUCCCGGAAUAUCGAUCGAAGAUGUUCCCAUAUCUACAGUAAAUUUGAACAAACUCAUAGACGUCAAUUGGGAUCCCACAAUGUUGAAGAUCGUUACCUUUAUCGACGGUUUGAAUAGUAUCUCUAAGAUUGCUAAACUUAGCGAUAGUGAUCCUGAUUUAGUUGUUGAGUGUAUCAAACACUUGAUAUACUAUAAAUGCGUGAUACUGUCAGAUAUCUUUCAGUUUGGCAACAUAUAUGCGCCAACUAGUUUACUUCGACAGUUUUUGACAGAUCCCGCCUUAGCAAGUGAAUGUCAAUCUUAUGUGUACAUCAAGGAGCAAUCAAAUCUGUCGAGCUUACCAUUUUCUCUCUCAAAGAUCUCCGACGCUGAAAGCGGACAAGAUGAGUCCUUCCAAAAGAACAGAAAUGCUAAUUCUAGGGCAGCAUCCGAAAGCUCAUUAGGUGAUCGACAUUCAAACACCCGAAAAUCCUCAUCUCUCUCAUCUGGUACUUUUGCUGUUCAUCGUGGAAAACAGAAUCAAGGCAGUUUUUCUAGUACUAACACUAAUCGCUCUGAUAUCGUUUUUGAUCAUCUGCCUACGCGAUCAUGUCUUUUUGACCUAUACAGGUCCUUGAACCAAGGCAUAACUAUAAAAGAGUGGUAUAAAGAUCAUUACCAUAUAAUACAAUCAAAUAAGAUAGAUGUGAGGAGGUUCAUUAUUUUUGGUGUUGUCAAAAACAUAAUUCACAGGUGCUAUUCUUUCCCUGUAUUCAAGAAUUUAGAAAUUUUUGGUUUGUUCAAAGGUCUAGGUGAGAAAAAUACAGAUAUUAGUUCAUCAGGAAAUGCAACUAGAAGUGCAGGUGCCCAGAAGUUUACGAAGAACAUUUUUUCCUCCGCUGAUAUAAAAUUUGGUGCUGAAGAAGGAGGUAAGUAUAAAGGAAACAAGACUCAGUCAUCCCAGUUAAACAUUGGAGAUGAAGCUCUACAAAAUGCUUAUAAGAAACUAUCAUUAUCUGGUUUACACGAAAGCAGAUUGACUGCUUCACAGCCACUAUCUCGUUUUUACCGUGAUCAAUCACAGCCCAGCUCUUCGGAUUUAUCCAUACAGAACUUUUAUAGUAUAAAAAGAUCCGAGCGUCCGUCAAAGGUCUCAUUCGAUAUGAAAGAGGAUACUCCUAAUUUCACAAGGAAUUUGGCAUCGCAGAAAGAAAAAAAUCGGCGAAGCGAGUUAAUAAAAUCUGAAGAGGAAAAGAGUGAUCAAAAAUUAUGGCUUUUAGAGUGCUUAAAGGGAGUAGAAAAUUUGGACAGGAUUUGCUUACGACUGGAGAAGUCCAGAAGCGAAGUGGAAGAGCUUCUUCGAGACUUCGGUGACUACAAAAUAAUAAAUAGCUGA